AUGCCACUUGUUGCUCGGAAAAGCAAACAAUCAGGUCGGAAGUUUCCAUGCCCGAAGAGUUUCACCGCUUUUAUCAUUGGAACUUCCAUUUUCCGAAGGGGAAAAUCAUUGUGUACACUUGUGCAUUCUCAACAAGUGGGAAAAAUGUGGGGAGAAAAAAGGGAUCUGGCUUCACACGAAAAAUCACUAUCACGUUGUCAGCAGAGAACGAAUUCCAAUCAUCCGAGUCACCCUCGGCCAAUGGAAAGAAGGACUAUGAGAAAUUUGAAAAAAGCAAAGAAGCAUUGUAACUUCCGCAUCCUUCAGAGUAUCAGAAAAUCAAAGAAGAAAGAUUAUCCACAAAGAAAAUGGCAUUAAUCUCGUAUGUCUUCCUCGAACAAAAAUAGAAAAUUACAACAAUAUCUAAGAAAU